CUUGUCGGUCACGUGGUCCGGCGGCGGCGGCGGUGACGGCAACAAGAUGGCGCGCUGCGCGGCCGUGGGGGACGUGGUGUUGGCCGGAGACCUGCUGACUUUUCCGGCCGCACAUGGGGCCAAGGUGCUGUGCGGACCCGGCCUGCGGCGGCAGGGCUCCGGCCUGGGACUGGCCGCUUGUAAAUCGGGGAUCCUCAGGCACAAGGAGCCCUCGGUCUACUGGGUGGAUUCGCAGCAGAAGCGGUAUGUACCGACUAAAGGUGAAUAUGUGAUAGGAAUUGUGACCACAAAAUCUGGUGACAUAUUUAAAGUUGAUGUUGGAGGAAGUGAACAAGCCUCAUUAUCUUAUUUAGCAUUUGAAGGAGCCACAAAGCGAAACCGACCAAAUGUGCAAGUCGGAGAUCUUGUCUUUGCACAGUUUGUUGUGGCCAAUAAAGAUAUGGAACCUGAACUGGUUUGCAUUGAUAGCUGUGGACGAUCGAAUGGGAUGGGAGUGAUUGGACCUGAUGGAUUAUUAUUUAAGGUUUCACUGAAUAUUGCACGCAAGUUACUUUCUCCGAACUGUGAAGUCAUCAAGAAUCUUGGGGAUUUGAACCCCUUUGAGAUAGUGAUUGGAAUGAAUGGACGGAUAUGGGUAAAAGCCAAAACAAUUAAACAUACAUUACUUGUAGCCAAUGUAUUAGAAAGCUGUGAAAACAUGACCACAGAACAAAGGAAACGUGCCUUCAAAAAAUUGUCUGAGAAUGUGCCGUGAAUCUCAGCCAUUUCUGAUUCAGUAAAGGCAUUUGUAAGUUCUGUACAUUAGCCUGAAAAAAUCAAUGCUGGAUGGAAAAGUCAAGAUCAUGCACUGAGUUUGAUGACUUUACAAACGUAUUGGUUGUUAGAAGUCUCACAAUGUUGUCAAACAUGUUUAAAAUAUUUAACAACAUACAACUUUUGAAUAUGUUAAAAUAUUCUAGCUGUUGAUGGUCAAAUAUGAAUUAUUUCUGAAACGAUAUCCAGGUUGUGCUCCAGUGUUAAAAUUGAAAGAAAAUGGGCAUUUGGACGUUUAAACAAGUGAAGUUUACACAAGAGUCUUGAUGUAAUAUUUGAACUUUUUUAUUUCUAAAUAUUGUAUGUUUUUUAAUGUUCAGAAUUAUCAAAUUAUGGUUUUCCUAUUUUUUUUAUACCACACAAUUCAAUAUGAUUUGGGAAACUGACAGAUUAUGGAAAUAAAAAUUAUAUAGUUCUGAUA